AUGAGUUAACGAUAAACACUGUUAUUUAAUGUGCCAAAGAUUACGUUAAUGUGGAAAUUAAUAUAUAUAAGAUACACCAAAACUCAAGAAAUUGAAAUAACACUUUGUAAGAUAGUUCAAUUUCAAGAUGUCGAUCUUUAAAUCCUUCUCACUGAAUAACAAAACGAUCUAAAGCCCAUUAAAGAAUGUGUUUGGACUCGCCAAUAGGUGAUUUAAUGUUUUGUUUUAUUUUGCUUGAUUAUAUGCGAACUUUUAAAUCAUGACUUUUAGUUUUAAAUAAUGUAAUCUAAACCUUGUUGUACUUUUGAAAUUUCUUGGAAUGAAUUUCGCUUUAGUUAGAUUGGGGAUUACUUCCCAAAAUUAGCCAAGAAACUUAAUAAAAGAUAUAAAUUGUGA